AUGGAUCACAUGAGAUGGGGCUGCUGUUGUGUCACGUGAGGCGUCGCUUCUAAAACAUGGCUCCAACUAGCUGAGAACAAAACACAAUCGGCUGACCGACCGCCGUCCGUCUGCUGAUACGCACCUGUAAACCACCAGGGCAUGGAGCUGGACCGUGUCUCCCCGCAGUAUCUCCCACUUCUAUCGAGUUAAUGUUGUACGAGCUCAGCAUGCGUUAAACCGGGACGCACCGUUAGCUUAGCGCUAACUAGCUGUCAGCGGCUACAAGUGAGGGGCAGGUGGAAGAGGAGAUUAUCUCUGUCCUUGAUGACUUUUAUUUCUUCCUCCAUGGAUGCCUGAAAAUUAUCCCCGGUAGGAGACGGCGAGGUGAACGCAGCUGACAAGUGUACCUCUGAACGAGCAUUUGGAGACUUGCCAUGGAUUGGCUGAUGCACGCAGUUGAGAGAGACUUGGGGGUCGACCGGCGGCAACAAGGCCCGGGUCCUCGUCCUCGAGAGCUCAUUGCCCUUGUUCCUACUCGCUGGUUGGUGGGCCUGAGGGACAGAAGGGUCAUGCGUUGUGCCCGAUUCGACAGCAUCAGCGAGGCAGAAAUUUGCACAUACCUUCAGUCCUCCCAGGCGAAGUUGCCUCCUGGCUGGACUCGGGUGUGUAUUCAGGGUCUGAGGAAAAGCAAGCUGAGCUACAGAUUGGCCAGAGACUCAUGCCAUCAGCAGAUGGAGUUCCUGUCACAGGAUUCUUAUGUCAAAACCAUGCAGUGUGUGUCACAGCAUAAUGUCAGGAAUCUGUGGCGUGAAGCUCACUACAAACUUGUCCAGGCAUAUGCAGGAGCCAGUGAACAGAUGCAUGUUGCAGCUGUAGAUGCUGUGCGUCAUGCGCUACAGAAGCUCUUCAAUACCACAUUUAUCUCAUCUGACAGAGUAUCGCCUUCUCUGUCUCCAGCCAGAGAGAAGGAGAAAGAAAACUACUUGCCAUCGAGUUCAUCUUGCUUUUCAAAGUCCCAGUCAGACCACCUCUGUCCUAAUGUUCUGCCUGCAGAAUGUCUGCUGGAGACAGCAGAGAUGUUGUAUGUGAUUUUACCUUAUGCUCAGUAUUCACUUCAUGAUAUUGUCUCCUUCAGCCCAGCCAAGCUUGCAAACAGCCAUGCCAAAGUGUUGUUCAUCCUCUACCAGUUACUAAUUGCUCUGCAAGCUUGUCAUGCAGCAGGUCUGUCUUGUGGAGAGCUGUCUCUUCAGGACAUAGCAGUAGAUGAGCAGCUCUGCAGCCGUCUCAAGCUCAACCUAGCCCAUUAUGAGGACCUGGGGACAGAAGGAAAUGCAGACAGGCAUGGUAGUGGUGGCAGACAAAAGCCAAACAAUAUGCUGCCAAGGGAAAGUGCAUGUGUGAGCCAAGACAACAAAAGACUGUGCAAAGAUUGCUUUGAUGAGCUGAAGACACUGGCUCUGGAUUGGGUUCAUGGCCGAGUCAGUAACUUCCGCUACCUGAUGGAGCUGAACAGGUUAGCUGGACGUCGAGAAGGAGACCCAAACUAUCACCCGGUGCUGCCUUGGGUCGUGGAUUUUACUGUGCCAUUUGGAAAAUUCCGGGACCUCAGGAGGUCAAAAUUCAGGCUGAACAAGGGAGACAAGCAGCUCGACUUUACGUAUGAGAUGACCAAAGAGGCUCUGGCUGCUGCAGUGGGUAAUGGGGUUGGUGGAAGCAGUGUAGGUGGAGACCUCAGUGGCUUUGCGGGUGCUGGUGGUGCUGGACAGUCCGACCACCUACACGUACCUCAUCACAUAUCUGACGUGCUCUCAGACAUUACCUACUAUGUCUACAAAGCCCGGCAAACACCUAAGUCAGUGCUUUGCAGCCAUGUUCGAUCCCAGUGGGAGCCCAAUGAAUACCCAGCUAGUAUGGAGCGGAUGCAGAGCUGGACCCCAGAUGAGUGCAUUCCAGAGUUCUACACAGACUCCUCCAUUUUCCGCUCAAUCCACCCCGACAUGCCAGACCUGGAUGUGCCUUCCUGGUGCAAGUCUUGUGAGGAGUUCAUUGAGGUUCAUCGGCGCCUUCUGGAGAGCAGAGAGGUGUCCCAGCAUUUACAUCACUGGAUAGACCUCACAUUUGGCUAUAAGCUGUCAGGGAAAGAAGCUGUCAAGGCCAAGAAUGUGUGCCUGCACCUCGUGGACAACCACACCAAUCUGACUACAUAUGGUGUAGUUCAGCUGUUUGACCAGCCCCACCCACCACGCUUAUCUCCUUCGCAGUAUGCCCCAGCAGAGCCUCCCCUCCUCGGCCUCGCUGCUCUUAAUGUGCCUUCUCUGCAGAUCCCUCCAAUAGACACUAUGAGUGACUCUGUAGAUGGGAUGGUGCCAGAGUCCACAGGGUGUGAGACAAGUGGCUGGACUAUGGUUGACAGAGAUGAAGAGCUUGAACAAGGUACAGAAGCUCUGGACUCAUUAGCAUCCACUGGCUCAUCCUCUUCUGCAUCAUGCUCUGUUCCACUGCCAAGCAUCAGCACAGUGGCAGGAAAGAUCGGAGGAGAGCACACAGCACUUUUUGUAUCUCAGUCUCCAAGUUCAUUUCCUGGUGAUUUCACAAGUGGCAUAGGUCCUGGUUUACGAAGUGCCAUGUUACAAAGAGGCGGGCCAACAAACAAAAAAUAUGGGGAAGCGAGUACGACUGCCCCCAAUGCGGAGGAAAUUAAACUCAUUCUCCCUGAGGGUUUCAACCCGUUGCAACCUUUGGAAGAGCUGGAAAAGUUGAACAAUUUCCUAGUAAAAAGCCUUCAUGCUGAAGUCUGGCAUCCUGCAGCAUCUAGGGACUGUAUGAGGGGGGGUGUGAUAAUUGAAUCUCUACCUGCUCUUACACAACUCUACCAAAGAGACAUGCAGGCCCUUGGUGUUCUCAUCGCUGAGAUAUUCUACUCUGCAAAACUGAGGGGACUUAAACCAGGCGUGCCCCUCAGGCAGCGUUUCCAAGCAGUAAUGAAGCUAUGCUCUGCCAACCUCCGUGAUGUGCCACUGUGUUUACACAAUGCUCUUGACACACUGCUGCUAAUAGAAAAGCACUCUGGAAUAGCACACAGAGAAACACCAGAUUGCCCAAAUCCACUCCUUUUUAAAUAUGAUCCCAUCUGCAAUGGUCUCCCCCCUCCAAACCCUCACCAGUUACUGAACUCCAUCAUCACUCCUUUUCCUUUCCCUUCCUAUUUUGCAGCUCUUCAUCGCUUUAUCUUUUCCUACCACGACAAGAUGGGGACUAUGUGCAGCCUUCAGGGAAGAGAUGUUGUCUUUCACCUGUGGCAGCAGCUGGAAGCCCUGUUGCGGAAUAAGAUCACAGCGGAGGGUCUUGAAAUUCUCUUGCCCUUCAUCCUUGCUCUCAUGCUUGAGGAAUCCACUGCUGUCUAUGCAGCUUGGUACCUUUUUGAGCCCAUCUCAAGAGUUCUGGGUCCCAGAAAUGCAAGCAAGUACUUACUGAAGCCGCUGAUCAACGUUUAUGAAAACCCUCACUGCCUACGCGGGCGUUUCUAUCUCUACACAGACUGUUUCAUUCUGCAGCUGAUUGUGAGGCUCGGCCUGCAGGCUUUUCUGUCCAGCUUACUGCCCCACGUACUGCAGGUCAUCACAGGCUUUGAAAGCUGCAUGUCAGACUCUGGAGGGGAAGCUUGUAAAGGGCUGAGGACUGGCAUGUGUAAUUUAGGAGAGGAGGAGGAGGAGGAGGAUUUUCAGUGUGGAGAGAUGCGGGCAUCCUCUGGGUCUGUUGGCGGCAAUAUGGGAGGCAGCAGUGGGGCCAGUGGAGGAGUGGGGGUGGUCGGAGACACUGGACUGGUUGACUACUCCUCUGGCAUCAGUCUCAGUGAUCAAGUGUUUCUGUCAGAGGCAGAGGACUUUCAGAAUGGCUUCUAUGUCAACAGUGGAGCAGGGGUUGCUGCUGGGAAACAGCAGAGCCAGAACUCUGCAGCCAAGGAACAGGACCAGGAGUCUCUAAGUGUGGGGAAACUAAGUGACAAAAGCAGCACAAGUGAACUCUCACUGGGUGAUGAUUCAAUGCGGGACAGAGCCAGUCUCAAAUCAGCUGACAGCAGCCAAGAUCUGAAACAUGCCAGUGAAGGAGAGGAGGGCGGAGAAUUGGAGGAAGAAGAGGUGACUGAGACUAAUGAUGGUAAAGAGGGGACAGAUGACCUUUCUGUGCUCAACCUUGAGCUCACUCUCUCCGGUUGUACACAAACUUCAGGAGCAACGGUUGCCACUCUAGAGGGAGAGUUUGUGAAUGGAAUGACACUGGAAGAGACUGAGAAAGGGAUGGUGACAGGACAGGAGGAGGAGGACCAUGAUCCCUCAGAAGAAUCUGAGGAGAAAGAGCAAAAGAUUCUUCUCGAUACAGUUUGCAAAACUGUUCGAUGGCUAUCAGCAAAACUUGGACCAACAGUGACAUCGCGAUAUGUAGCCAGAAACUUGCUGCGAUUGCUCACAAAUUGUUAUAUCGGACUUGAAAACCACCAAUUUGUGGCCCCAGUGUCUGAGGAGAACAGUUUGGAGAGUGUGGGAAUGGGCAGUGUGUAUGAGAAGAAACCUGUGGUUGGCGACCACACAGCAGGGCCAGUGUUAGACUGUCUCAUCUACAUAGCUCAACUUUAUGGAGAGCCUGUACUCACUUACCAGUAUCUGCCUUAUAUAGGAUAUUUGGUGUCUCCACCUUCUUCACAGCGUCUUAACACACGCAAGGAAGCAAGUCUGCUUGGUGCUGUUGCACUUACACAGAAGAUUAUCGUCUUUCUAUCUGAUACCAAUCUGAUGGACAUGCUUAUGAAGAUCAAUCAGGAUGUGCUGCUACCACUAUUGGACCUGCUUACCACUCCCCGUAUGGGAUUCCCCAGUGGGGUGCAAACUCGUACUGCUGUCUGUCUCAAGACGCUCAGCCUGAUGGCUCUGAUCUGUCUGCGCAUCGGGAAGGAGAUGGUGCAGCAGCAUAUGGCUGACACUCUUUGUCGGUUCUUUGCUGUUUUCUCUCUGCUGCAUUCUCUGCAGCCCCAGCUGGACAGUGCGCCUCGCAGAGUUGUGGGAGAAGUCACGGUGGUGGAUGUCUGUACACCUGAAGAGUCGAAUGUGACAUAUGAGAUGGCAGUUUUGGAGGAGCUGCAGACUGUAUUUAACCCUGAGAUGGCCCAUGCAUCCUACAUCCCUUUCUACUGCCUCAUAGGUGACACAGCAAUUCGGAAACUGGUUCCCAAUCAUGAGUUGGUCUGGCAGUUGGCCCAGUCCUACCAUCAGAGUGUGAGUCAAGGGAGUUCAGAGACGUACGCCACAGCAACAUCCAGGUUGGAGCAACCUGCAUCCACUGGUUUUGGCAGACGUAUGGGUUGUAGCCCAUUUCCUGCACCUUCAACUAGCUCCAACCCAGUGGGAGACUCCGUCCCCGAGUCGGGCACAUUUGGAAGUCGCCUUGUAGGGAAUCGUAUCCAAGUUUCCAGAGACAACGACUAUGGUGGCAGCCCCAACCCUGGCUUGGCCAGCUCUUGGGGACGCUCCAGUCAUACCACUCCCAUCAUAACCACUGCUUCCACCUUCACCACUCCAUCCACUGGCACAAUGUCUUUCUCCUCCUCUUGGGUGACGAGCCCCACCCCAGAGGACAGUGCCCUGAAGCAAGAGCUGCCUCGUAGUAGCCGCUCCCUGCAGGGCAACUGGCUGGCAUACUGGCAGUAUGAGAUCGGUCUCAAUCAACAGGAUCCACAUUUCCACUUCCACCAGAUCAGGCUGCAGAGUUUCCUGGGUCACUCAGGCACCACAAAGUGUUUGGCACCACUGGCAGGAGAGGAUUACUUCCUUUCUGGCAGUAAAGACAAGACUGUGAAGCUCUGGCCCCUGUAUAAUCAUGGAGAUGGGACAAAAGAGGUGGAGCCCAGACUGACGUAUAGUGAGCAUCGGAAGUCUGUCUUCUAUGUUGGACAGCUAGAGGCUUCACAGGAGGUAGUCAGCUGUGAUGGCACUGUGCACCUGUGGGACCAGUAUACAGGUAAGCACAUCCGCUCAUACGAUGCUGUGGAUGGGAAGAGUCCCAUCACAGCUGUCACCACCAUGCCAGCUCCACACUGCAGUGUUGUGUUUGGAAGUGCAGAUUCUGUCCUCCGCUUCAUUGAUCCUCGCAAACCAGGAUUGCAGCAUGAAUUUCGUCUGGCGUACAACAAUGUGAGUGCUGGGCUCAUUCGUUACCUGGCAGUGAGCCCCUCAGGACGUACAGUGGCUGCAGGUUUUUCAUCUGGCUUCAUUAUUCUGCUGGAUGCACGCACAGGACUUGUACUGAGGGGCUGGCCAGCACACGAGGGAGAUGUCCUCCAGAUGAAGGCUGCAGAAGGAAACCUGGUCAUCAGCUCCUCCACCGACUACACACUGACUGUAUGGAAAGAUCUUGAGCACAAGCCUCUUCGCCAGUACAGGUCUCAGUCUGACCCCAUCCACGCCUUCGACCUCUAUGGUUCAGAGAUUGUAUCUGGAACCGUGGCUAACAAGAUUGGGGUGUACUCCAUGGCCGACAUCUCUCUGAGUCCUGUUAGCAGCACAAAGCUGAGUUCAGAGAACUUCCGCGGCACUCUGACCAGCCUGGCAGUCCUGCCCACUAAGAGGCUUCUUCUGCUGGGCUCUGAGAACGGUGCCAUUAGGUUAUUAGCGUAAAUCAAUAGCUCUCUAAACAUUCUUUCCACUGACCUUCAAAGUGUCUUACUCCUGAAGACGCCAGGUGCCCCUUCAGUGCUCGAGAGCGGUUGUAUUGGUAGAGCAGGUUGUCAGUUCCUUUAAAUUGUUUCUUUAAUGAGGCAGCACAAGUAGGCGUUGUAUAAGCUUCAUAUCUACCCAAUCUUGCCAGUCUGGCUGUUGGCACUGAAUUUGAUGGACAGAAACGUGUGCCAGGCUAUUAAUAUUCAUCAUGUAUAUUGAAAAUGAAGUCCUUGAUUUUUUUUUAAAAAAGCUAUAGAUGUAUAGUAUAUAAUGGGAAAUUCUCAUCUUGACAAGGUAGUUUAUUCUUUUGUCUAGGUCAGAUAUUCUGUUCAAAAGAACGAAUUGGAAGAUAUGCUCAGGAAGGUUUUACGUAGUGUUUACACUUUUCCAAAUAGAUGCAUAACAAAACCAAAAAUACAUCGACCUCACCUUCCAUUUCCCUUAAUGAUAGAAUCAUCAUGCGUAUUCAAAUGCACUGAUUAAACUAUGCAGUAUUUGUAGAUCAAAUUGUUUGUGUUAGCGUUACUCCGUGUUUCAUGACAACUGGUUCACAGUAGUUUCUGUAUACAUCAUGAACAAUAAACGUUGACAGUCUGGGUGAACCUUCUCAGAGGAGACACUUCAAUUGUCAUCACGUACAUAAGUUAGUUAUUGAUGCACAGCCUUUAAUCUACUGCACAAGUAUGGCCUGAAUUGUAACAUUUAGAUUCUCACUCAGAUUUUAAAGACUGAAUGUUUUUAUCCACUAAUAAAUUACUUGAAGUUGCUUCGGGAGUUUCUAAACCAUGUUUAGGUGUUCUUGAUUUAGCACCCAGAACAUGUAGCAACAAUAUACUGGGAGUGUAUCCUGGCAGAUGCUGGUCUGACUGGAUAUACCAGUUGUUAGACUCACCACUUUCUAAUUUCUGACUCCAAAAACUAACAUAGUAACAGUCAAUGCUAAGAUAAACAUUUUUUUUUGUAUUUUAACCUUUAUAUGUAACUGCAGAUGAAUAAACUGAAAAAAAUCCAACAGAAAUUAUAAAUCAAUUAAAAAACAAACCAUGGUUUAACUCACUCCUUAUUGUGUAAUGCAAAUUAAUACACAGUAGUUUUUGUUUGCUCUUUAAACUCAGUCCAGCUUUGAUUAAUCUGACUCUUCUCAAAGCCCGGUAGCAUCCAACAAUCAUAGCUCUGCUCUUUGUAGGUUUUCAGGGCUUUCAUGUUGUGAAACACAGUUUGCCUACUUUUCUAAUUAUUUUCCUCAAGCUCAGAAUGCUCUGAUAAGUGUACAACACCUUUUGAAAUUUUGUGUUUUUUAGUCAACCCAGAGUAAAGGUUCAGUCACAAAAUGACCAACUUUGUUUUAAAAGGAAAGUUAGUAGUUGCACAUUGAUAAUUCGUUACAAUUGAUAUUCUGUGUCUGAACAUUUUAAGAGAAGUCGAUGAAAACACGUAUUUAUUAACUGGAUUAAUAAAAAUUGCUUUCAAGUUA